AUGUCCUUCACCGGCCCCGUCAACGUCGAAAUCCGCUUCCUCGAUCCCCCAAAAGACGGCUCAAUACCCCACGCCGUCGUCCCCGCAUCCGGCCCUCCGCAAGAAAACUACAGCGCCGUCGCCCACCAAGUCUCCCUCACAGACCUCCGCGGCCAAGAAUCAGAAUACAACCUCGAUAAAGACGCCUUCGCCGCCCUCCAGAAUGUCCCGUCCGAGAUGACCUACGAGUCCUGGGACUCCGACGAGGCCGUGAAGACAACCUAUUACAGCGAAGUCGAGGACCUCCUCUUCAAGAACGUUCCGGGCACACAUAAAGUCGUAAUCUUCGACCAUACCAUCCGCCGAUAUAAUCCCGAGGCCGACCGGCAGCCUGUCGUAUUCGCGCACGUCGACCAGACACCGAAAGCCGCGGCCCUCCGCGUCCGAGAACACGUCAAGGACCCCGAAGAAGCCGAGAAGUUACUCGCCGGUCGGUGCAGGAUUAUAAAUGUGUGGCGGCCGCUCAAUGGGAAAGUCGAGUCGAUGCCGCUGGCCUUUGCGACGGCUGCGUCGGUCGCACCGGACGAUCUGAGUACCAUCGAGCGCAGGUACCCGCAUUACACUGGUGAAACGAUGGGCGUGAAAUACAACCCCAACCAGAAGUGGCUAUACUGGUCCGGCAUUGAUAAUGAUGAGAGGAUCCUCAUCAAGUGCUCGGAUACGAGGGAGGAUGUUGCGCGGCGGGUGCCGCAUUCUGCGUUUGUUGACCCGAGGUCGACGGAGAACUCGAAGCCAAGGGAAAGUAUUGAGGUUAGAGGAUUGGUCUUUGGUUAA